GAGGGAGGGGGCGAGUUAGGAGGGGAGGGGAGCGGGGAAGGGGGAGGCCGGGCGGGCUGCAGGGUGGAGCUGCAGGUUGGGGUGGAGCGGGUUUUUCCCGUCUUCUGGUAGGUGAUUCAAGGGUAGCCUUCAGACUGGCGGCCCCUCAGGCCCUGAGUAGUUAAGAGUAGGCACCCCCAGACAGGCCUCUCUUCAGACCCAAGGGGUGUCUCCCUUGGGAAGGGUCCGGCCACAGGUGAUGAAAGUGGUCACUCUCAGGGACAGUGUGGCCAUGGCUUCCCCAGCGCCCCAGGAGACGGAGGAGGAGCUGGUGUCUGCUGGCCCUGAGCCAGGUGAGCCAGGUGACCCUCGGACCAAACCCCCUGUCAAGCCCAAACCCCGGGCACUGCCCACCAAGCCAGCUCUGCCCGCCAAGCCCAGCCUGCUGGUGCCUGUUGGCCCCCGGCCCCCCCGGGGUCCCCUGGCCGAGCUGCCUUCUGCCCGGAAGAUGAAUCUGCUGGCGGGACCCCAGCCCUAUGGGGGCAGCAAGCGGCCUCUUCCCUUUGCACCGAGGCCUGCUGCGGAGGCCUCUUCUGGAGGAGAGACUGGGAAGAAGGAGGAGCCGGUCAAGGAAGAGACACCACCCCCUCUGACACCCCCAGCCCGCUGUGCUGCUCCUGGGGGUGUGCGCAAGGCCCCUGCCCCCUUCCGGCCCACCCCGGAGCGCUGCGGAGCCUCCACGGUGGAGGAGAUCCUGGCCAAGAUGGAGCAGCCUCGGAAGGAGGUCCCCCCAAGCCCCGACCGCCUCUGGGGCUCCCGGCUCACCUUCAACCAUGAUGGCAGCUCCAGAUACGGCCCCAGGACCUAUGGCGUAGCCCCCGGGCCCAGGGAGGAGGAGGAGGAGGAUGCUGGGAUGCUGUCCCGGGCCUGGUCCCAGGAUGUGCCAGCCAAGUCUCCCACCGUUGGCCCAGAAGAGCCCAGACGGAGCCCUGAGGAGAGGAGUCCUCGUUCAGACCAAGCCUUCAAUGGGGACCUGGCUCAGCUGGGCAGCUCUGAGCCACCUGCCAAUGAUGUUUCCAAGCCCCAGGUGCCCUCAAGUCCAGACCCAGCCUGUGAAAAUGGAGGGACCUCCAGCCCAGGCCCCCCCACUGCCCUCUCGGACCCUGUGCAGGGCUCUCCCCAGCUCCGUUCCCCAGCUGCAAGCUCUCCCCAACACCCUCAGCCUCUGGAAGCCCACGUUCCCGAAGCUUCUCUCCACCUCCCCCAGCCUCCCGCCUCUCCAGCCUCGGCCCUGCCCGAGGGGGGCUCCCACCAUCUACCCAGCCCGGUGCUCCCUGCUGCAGGGACCCUAGAGAGCCCCAGAUCUAGCAGUCCCCCCCUCGUAAAGGUCUUGGGGUGCCGCAGCCCAGAGCAGCCCCCAGACACCUUGGCUCGGCCCCUGAUGGAAGGCGGGGAGAUGCCGGAUCUCUCUCGGACGUUCCCACCUGGCCUGGAGGAGGAGGCGGCAACAGCCCCGGGGACCCCCCGCCCCACCAGCCUGGCCCAGCGCCGGUUUUCUGAGGGUGUCCUCCGUCCGUCUGUGCAGGACCACGAGAAGCUGGGGGGCUCCCUGGUGGCCCUGGCCCAGACUCAGGGCAGUAGCCAGUCCGCCCUGGACCGCCCCUUUGGCAGCGGGACGGAAUCCAACUGGAGCCUGUCACAGUCCUUUGAGUGGACCUUCCCCACACGGCCCUCGGGUCUCGGGGGGUGCCGGCUGGACUCCCCGCCCCCCUCGCCCAUCACUGAAGCCACGGAGGCUGCUGAGGCUGCAGAGGCUGGAGACUGGGCCUCCUCCGUCAGGGAGGACCAAAGACCUUGGCCGGCUCCAGAGGGCUCGGGCAGACUGGGCCCCGGGGUGCAGGCGGAUGAGCUGGGCACCCCUAAGACCCCAAAAGAGAGUCAGCCUCUAGCCCCUGCCAGGGCCCCAGAGCCCCUUGCAGCUGCAGAGAGCCCACCUGGAUCGGCCUUGCUGCAGGCAGAAGAGAGGUGUGGGGAGAGGGAGCCCCUGGCUGGGCAGGAGUCCCCACUGACCCCCACACCCCAGGAAGCUGCCCUGCCCAUCCUGGAGCCCAUCCCGGGCCAGCAGCAGCCGGCUCCCUCGAACCAGCCCUGCAUCCUGUUCUUCGACGCUCCAGGCCCCAGCCAGGCACUGCCCGUGGAGGAGGAGCCCGUGACCCUGGCCCAGGUGGAGACCACCCAGCCCAGGACCGGGAUGGAGACGCAGGACCCCCGUCACGUGUCCCCUGAGCCCGAGGGCUCACGCUGGCUGGAUGACCUCCUGGCCUCACCACCUCCCGCCACUGGAGGUGCCCGACGUGGCGUGGAGCCCAAGGAUGCGCCCCUAGCACCCGCGCAGACCCCGAAUACCUGCCCCGAGGGGCUGCUCGGCUGGUCCCAGAAGGAUCUACAGAGUGAGUUUGGCAUCGCUGCUGACCCCCACCCUAGCGACUCGUUCAGCACCCCCAGCUGGUCCCAGGAGGCGUCUCAGGACUAUGCCCUGGUGGGUGUCAGCCCCAGAGGGGACCUGGGCCUCAGAGAACCUAACUGGUCCAGCAGGUGCGGGCCGGGUGCCGGGGAAGAGAGCACCAGGGAGUGGGCCAGCCGGCACGGCCUGGGCCCCGAGGAGUUGCGAGGGGGCAGCCCCGACGGCAGCCCGGUGCCCACCCCCGGAGGGCUGGCGGCCCAGGCCCGGGUGAUCGGGAAGCCCAGCCAGCAGAACCCGGAGGCCGAGGUCCUUCCAGACUGGGAGUUCCAGAAGCGGGAGCCCCAGGGCACUUACUCCAGCCGGGACGCCGAGCUCCAGGACCAAGAGUUUGGGAAGAGAGACUCCCUGGGCAGUUACAGCAGCCAGGAGGCCCGACUGCAAGACUGGGAAUUCGGAAAGAGGGACUCACUGGGCGCUUACAGCAGCCGUGACGCAGAGGGGCAGAGCCUGGACUCAGGGAGGAAUAGCCACCUGGGCAGGUACGAAGAGGAGGAGAAGGAGGAGGAGGAACAGGAGUUUGGGACACGGGAGUCUUUGCUCAGCACAUACAGCCAGGCAGCAGAGCAGCUGCCUGAGCAGGAUUUUGGCAAGAGUGCUUGGAUGGGUAGCUAUAGUGACAGCACCCCCCAGGACAGAGGCUUCGGCCCCAGAGCCCAGAGCGCCGGCUUCAGCCCCAAGGACGCCCAACAGCAGGACGAGGAGUUUGAGAAGAAGACCCCAAGUGGAGACGGUCUGGGUGAGGUGGGCAGGGGCACCAGCCAGCUCGAGGAACGAGGGUCGGGGGACCUGUUCAGCCCCAGCACCCCCGUUUCACAGGCUGGGGUGCUGGGACAGAAGGACCAGAGUGGCUGGCAAAGCAGCAGCACCGGCCCGGAGACCCAGAGCCCAGCAGACGGGGAGGCGGGCCAGCUCGGCUGGGCCAGCGAAUUUUGCCUUGGCCUCGACCCCCAGCUGGAGAUGACCUUCCGUGCAGGCCAGCAAAACUGGAGCGGUGGCUUCUGCACUGAGACUGCUGACAGGAGCCAUCAGUUUGGCAUCAUUGGCAAUGACCGGGCAGGUGAUGCCAGCCCAAGUCCCCCGGACACCGGCGGCCGCUUCACCUCUGAGAAGCCCUCAGCCGAACCUAUGGACUGGGCAGAUCAGCUGGGUCUCCGGAACUUGGAGGUGCCCAGCUGUGUGGUCUCGGGGGGUUUGAGCGAGGCCAGGGAGGAAACCGUGGGGCGUAUGGGCUGGUCAGACGAGCUGGACGCGAGAGACGUGGACACGGCUGGCCGUUCAGAGACGGGAGGGUCCGAGGAUCCCAGGGGGCUGGACGUCGGGGAGGAAGACUGGACUCUGGGCUUGUCUGGGCCUGGGGAGGUGGGAAGCCUCAGCCAGACCAGGGAGAGUGGUGUGGGACAGACCGACUGGUCAGGUGUGGAGGCCGGAGAGUUCCUCAAGUCCAGGGAGCGUGGCGUGGGGCAGGCUGACUGGACCCCGGACUUGGGGCUGAGAAACAUCGCCCCCCGGCCGGGCUGUAGCCCCAGCGAGCUCAGGCCAGGGCAGGUGGACUGGACCGACAACCUGGGCCUGAGGAAUUUGGAAGUGCCCUGUGCCAUGGAGCCAGAAGGCUCUCGGGGAUGUGGAGUGGGGCAGAUGGACUGGACCCAUGAAGUGGGGCUCCUCAGGGGCCCCCGGGAAGCCAGGGAGCUCGGGGUGGGGGAAGUGAGCCAGCCUCCAGAGCCAGGCCUCAGGGACAAUGACAUCUCGUCCCCCGGCCUGGAGGCCACGGAACUGUCAGAGAUCAGGGAGCUGGGGGUCAGAGAGAUGAGUGGUCCAGAGACCCCCGGCAAAGCCCACUCCCCACCUGCCUUGGAGGAACACCUGGGAAUGGACACGGGAGAUGCCCCCAGCUUUGGAGCCAGCCCCUCUGGAUGCCCGGCCCGCUCCCCACCCUCCGGCGCCCAGGCCCCGCUGGGGGAGAUGCUAGCGGCUAGCAGCACCAAGGCCGCAGCCCACAGGGAAUCCUCAGCUUCGAGCCUCAGGGGCCUGUCGGAGGAGGAAGAUACCACUGUGGGUGCUGACCGAGGGGAGUCCCACGGGGACCCCCUGCCUUCCUGGAGACCUCAACCUGAUGGCGAAGCCAGCCGGACCGAAGAGGUGGACGGCAGCUGGGGCCCAUCAGCCCAGGGCCCGCUGCAGCCCCCCCGGCGGCCCUCCCAGGGGCCUCCCUCCAGCUCCCUCAGUCAGGACUUCUCCUUCAUUGAGGACACCGAGGUCCUUGACAGCGCCAUGUACCGGAGCCGUGCCAGCCUGGGGCGCAAGCGAGGGCACCGGGCCCCCGCCAUCCGGCCCGGCGGCACCCUGGGCCUGUCAGAGUCAGCAGACUCGGAGGCACGUCUGUUCCAGGACUCGACAGAGCCACGAGCUUCUCGCAUGCCCUCGUCAGAUGAAGAGGUGGUAGAGGAGCCCCAGAACCGCCGGACACGGAUGUCCCUGGGCGCCAAGGGGCUGAAAGUCAACCUCUUCCCUGGCCUGAGCCCGUCAGCCCUGAAGGCCAGGCUGCGCCCCCGGAACCGCUCUGCUGAGGAGGGAGAGCCUACGGAGAACAAGUCGAACCAGAAGGAGUCCGCCGUCCAGCGCUCCAAGUCCUGCAAGGUCCCAGGGCUGGGAAAGCCCCUCACGUUACCUCCCAAGCCAGAGAAAUCCUCAGGGUCAGAAGGGUCAUCGCCCAAUUGGCUGCAAGCCCUGAAGCUGAAGAAGAAGAAGGUGUGAAGAUGCCGAGGUCUUUCCCAUCUGGACGUCUCAGGCAGUUCCUGUGGGGUCCCCGCUGGGGCCCUACCACACCCCCAACUGCAGCCUCUGCCCCCCACUCCACCUCUGAGGAGCAUCUGGGGAGGCACAUUUAUGCACUUUGUACCCCCCACCCCCAUCCCAGCAUCCCCUCUUCCCAACCUAGAUUCAGUUCUCAGUGGUUGAACGUUUUGGUCCCUCCUUAUCUUCUUCCGUGUCUUCCCCUCUGCUUUCUUUUCCAUCCUCCCCUCCUCCCCCUCUUUUUUUUUUUUUCUUUUGAUACCAAUUUAUAGCAUUUUUUAUAAAAAGCCUUUGAUUUUUUUGUAAUGGGUGGAACCCUGCCCCCGUCCACCCCACCCUGGGUCUCCCUCCACCCUGCUUGGGGUGCACCACAGAGACCGAUGGACAUUUUGUCACUUGAAACAAUAAAGUUUUUUGGGAAUUGGU